GUGGACCGAGAAUGCGGGACUUCUCUCUCUCUCUCUUUCUUACACACAUAUACACACACACACAGACACACUCUCUCUCUCUCUCGUUCUCUUACACACACACACACACACUCAUGCUCGUUCACUCUCGCGCACUUGCAGUUCUACCCCUCCGCAGAAAUCACUCUUCCUCUUGAAAGAGAGAAAGAAGCAUGCGCUCGCUUUCGCUUCAACUUUGCAGAGAGGACACAGAGAGGACUGCAGAGUGAGAGAGAGAGAGAGAGAGAGAGAGAGAAAGCGAGAGAGCAAGAAAAGGAAGGAGGAACAGCACGAGACGGUCCUGCAGAGAGAAAAAGAGGACGACUUUAAAACACAGAGAGAGAAAGAGAUAGAGAGAGAGAUAAAGAGGCAGAGAGAGAUAGAGGGAGACUCUACGGAGGGGCACAAAGACGAUCGUACUGGGAGGGAGAGAGAGAGAGAGAGAUAGAGCGCGUGUGCGCGAGAGAGAGGGAGCAAGGGAGAAGGAGAGAGAGGGGAGGGACAGAGAGCAAGAAGGAGAGAGAGAAGCAAAAGAGAGAGGGAGGGAGGGAGAGCGAGGGAGAGAGAGAGACAGAGAGAGAGAAGCGUCCCGAGCUGAAGUCACGGACGGAUCUCGCUCUCUUUUGUGUUCUGCUGCAUUGCAGUUUAAAACAGUGGAGGGACCCGCAGCAUCUCAAUGAAGCGGAUAAAGUGAGCGAGAGCGACCAGCUGCACUCUGGGAGAUACGCGUGAAGGUGCAUCUACGUAGAUGUGUGUACGAGUGGCGCACGCAUACACUCGUACAUUCCGAAUUCUUGCUGAAAGUGGACUCUGUUGGAUUUGUCUCUUGGAUGUGCGCCGGACUCUGAAGUGAGUGAUGGGAGUAUAUCCUCAUUCCUCAUUCCGACUGUGUGUGAACGUGACUGGAGAACUAACGGAACUGAAGGCUUUCUCUUAAAAAGAAGACGAGCAGGCGUUUGACCGGUCUGGGCAGUGAUAGAGGAAGCAAGGCAGCGCUGGAGUGGAGCCCGCUAGUUCUGGGCAACUGCAGAAUAGCAGAGAGCGAGAGAGAGAGAGAGAGAGAGAGAGAGAAGAAGAGUCAGUAAAAGAGAGAGCCAGCGAGCCUGCGGGACAGAGUAAGAGCGUGCGAGAGAGAGAGCCAUGGGUAGCAAGAGUGUUGGCGCAUUGCAAUCAGCGCUGCGCUGCUACCUCGUGCUCGUCCUGCAGCUGCUGACUCAGCUAAAGCCUGUGGACUCUGCGCUGCGCUACAGGAUAGCGGAGGAGGGUCUGCCGGAUGUUCGCAUUGGGAACGUGGCUGCUGACCUGGGGCUCUCCACGUCUGGCAUUGGCACUGGGGAUGUCACCUUUGCGCUGGAGUCCGGGGCCGAGUUCUUCAAAAUUGACAAUGUGACUGGGGAGCUGACCACCAGCAGUCGAAGGAUCGACCGCGAGAAGCUCCCCCAGUGCCAGAUGAUCUUUGAUGAAAAUGAGUGUUUCUUAGACUUUGAAGUUUCCGUCAUAGGCCCCCUGCAGAGCUGGGUGGACCUGUUUGAAGGCCGCAUAGUAGUUACUGAUGUCAAUGACAACACGCCUUCCUUCCCUUCCCCUGUGCUGACUCUGUCUGUUGAGGAGAACCGACCCAUUGGGACACUGUACCUUUUACCCACGGCAACUGACCGCGACUUUGGGCGCAAUGGAAUCGACCGCUACGAACUUGUCCAGGAUAGCAGGGACCAGCGGCGGCCUGCAAGUGCUACUAUGCCUGCUGGGAUCAACAAUGGAGCAGGUGACAGGAGGCGAGGCCAGGAGGCGGGAUCUGUACCAGCUGGGCGGAGCAAUGUGUUUGAACUUCAGGUCGCGGACACACCUGAUGGUCAAAAGCAGCCUCAACUGAUUGUCAAAGGCCCUCUUGACCGCGAGGCAAGGGAUUCUUUCGAGCUCGUGCUACGUGUUCGGGAUGGUGGGAAUCCGCCACGGUCGUCACAGGCUCUGCUCCGAGUUGCAAUCACAGAUGUGAAUGACAACAGCCCACGGUUCGAGAGGGCUGUGUAUGAGGCAGAAAUGGGGGAAAACACUCCGCCUGGGACUCCAGUGCUGCAGGUUCGAGCCUCAGACCGCGAUAUUGGAGUGAACGGGCAAGUGGAAUAUGUAUUCGGUGCUGCCACAGAAUCGGUGAGGCGACUGCUAAGGCUAGACGAAGCUUCCGGUUGGCUCAGUGUCCUGCACCGGAUUGACCGAGAGGAAGUUUCGCAGCUACGCUUCACGGUGACUGCUAGGGACCGUGGGCAACCUCCUCGCACCGACCGGGCCACGGUCAUCCUAAAUGUACGAGACGAGAAUGACAACGUGCCAGUGGUUGAAAUUCGUAAAAUCGGACGCAUUCUAGUGCGGGAUGGUGCAGCCAUGGUUCCAGAAAAUGUUCUUGUGGACACUCCAGUAGCACUGGUGCAAGUAUCUGACCGUGAUCAAGGAGAAAAUGGUGCUGUGACUUGUACCGUGGUGGGAGAUGUUCCGUUCACACUGAAACCAGCAGGUGAAAAUGCACUAGCUCCACCUCCCCCACCUACGGAUGAUGCCUUUGAGCGAAACAAGAAAAAGUUCUUUUUGCACACUUCAGCACUCCUGGACUAUGAGGCCACUCGGGAUUACACUGUCACCAUCGUAGCCGUGGACUCAGGAAGUCCGAGCCUGUCUAGCAACAGUACCCUAAUGGUGCGGGUGGUUGACAUAAAUGACCAUGCACCUACUUUUGCUCAGAGUUUAGUAGAGGUACACUUUGCUGAAAAUAACGCACCAGGAGAGCGGGUGGUAACUGUAGUGGCUGCAGAUGCUGACAGUGGGAAAAAUGCAGAAAUUGCAUACUCCUUGGAUCCAUCAGUAAACGGCGCAUUUUAUAUUGAUGCUGAUAAUGGAGACAUUCGGGCUACAGGUGCUCUGGACAGAGAGCAAAGGGAGAGGUACGAAUUUCGUGUGAUUGCAAGAGAUAAGGGUUCGCCUUCAUUGCAAGGUUCAGCAACUGUAGUUGUCCAGGUUACAGACAGAAAUGACAACGCACCAAAAUUCGUCCAGGAGGUGUUCACCUUCUACGUCAAAGAAAACCUUCUGGCCAAUAGUCCUGUCGGCAUGGUCACUGUUACGGAUGCUGAUGAAGGGGAAAAUGCAGAGUUGUGUCUGUUUGUGGAAGAGGAUGAGGAAGAAGAGGAAGCAGGGGGUCGAAGACAGGAACUGUUUUCCAUCGAGAACAACACGGGCACUAUUUUUUCAGCUGCGUCUUUUGACCGCGAAAGCCGUAGCACAUACACUUUUCGAGUCCGAGCAGUGGACGGAGGGGAACCACCAAGAUCUGCAACCGCCACUGUCUCUCUUUUCGUCACGGACGAAAAUGACAACGCCCCAUCCGUCACUGCUCCUGCUAACGAGUCUUACACACUUCUUCCUCCAGCCAGCGGGGCUCGGACCGUGGUCCGGACUGUGAUGGCCUCAGAUGGAGAUGCUGGUUCCAACGCGGACUUGCGCUAUGCCUUGGUUGGGGGUAACCCCUUCCAGCUGUUUGAAAUCGGCCCUAGCAGUGGCGUCAUCACCCUAGCUGAACCGCUGGAGAGGAGGCACCGAGGACUCCAUCGCCUGGUGGUGCGAGUUAACGACAGUGGUGUUCCCUCACUCUGCGCCACCGCACUCGUGCAUGUCUUCAUCAACGAGAGCCUCACUAACGCCACCCUGGUGGAUGCACAGGUUGCCCGCAGUCUGUCAGUUCCCCUCUCUCUGGACAUUGCGGGGGAUCCAGACACUGACCGCGCUCUGGGAAAACAGCGCCUCAGUGUGGCCAUCGGAGUUCUGGCGGGCGCGGCGGCCGUCAUCCUGGUGAUCCUGCUGGUGGUAACGGCACGGCAGUGUGGUUCCCAAGCCAAGAAUGGCUACGAAGCCGGGAAGAAGGAGCCGGAGGAGGACUUCUUCAGUCCGCAGCCUCCGCCCCUGAAGCCGCAGGGCGACCGCGGACGUAAGCCAAGGCGAGACAAGCGUGGCGCCAACGGGACCGCCAAGAGCGACCGCUCCCUCUACAGUGGCAUCGUCACGGUCAACGGAUGCCGCCGCGGCAAUGUAGAAGAAGAAGAGGAGGAUGAGGAAGUCAGCAACGCCAGCGAACGGAUAGCGGCCCGCUACUGCGCCGCAGCUAACGGUGACCCCUGCAGCCCUCGCCUGGGAACUCGGCGGCAUCAGUCCAGUCCAGAUCUGGCCCGACACUACAAGUCCAGUUCGCCGCUGCCUGCUGUCCACCUGCAGCCCAACUCGCCACCGGCCGAAGGGAAGAAGCACCAGGCCGUGCAGGAGCUGCCCCCCACCAACACCUUCACCGGCGGGAACGCCGAUGCCAUGAGCCUCGGGUCCGACCAGUGCUCCGACUACAGCUGCCAGAACGCCAAGUACAGCAAACAGCCCUUGCGGAGGGUGACAUUCUCCGUAGCGACGCAGCCUCAGGACCCUGGAUGCUACGACAGUGGGGUGGAGGACUCCGAGACCCCCAGCAGUAAGAGCUCGUCUGGGCCCAGGAUCGGAGUCCUGCCGCUGCCGGAGGACGGGUACGAGAGAACGACACCAGAGGGCAGCGUGGGCGAGGAGGAACACGUGGAGAACGACCCACGGCACCUACCCGACGUCGCCCUGACCGGCAAGUGCACCCGCGACUGCGGCGAGUUCGGCCACUCCGACGCCUGCUGGAUGCCCGUGCGCUCGUCGCCCCGAAAACACGCCGGAAGCGACCCCUCGGCAGGCGACGAUAACAACAACCACGAGGACGACAGCGAGCCCGAGGAGAUCGAGGAGGAGGAGGAAGGCGCGGAGGAGGACGACGGCUCGGACCAGGGCAGCGGCGGCGGCGGGGCCGAGGACGCCCGCGGCUCGCUCAGCAACGUGGACCCGCAGGGGACGCUGCGCAACCGCAACAUGGGCGACCACAACCGCAACCUGCUGAACCGCAAGAUGACCUCGGCCUCCUACGACACCUUCAGCAGCGCCGGCUUCGGCAGCGGCCACCACCACCACCACCACCACCACCAUCACCGCGGCAACGAGCAGGACGACCUCCACCAGCGGUCGGAGGUCAUCCCGCUCACUCGCACGGGAGGCGGAGACUACAAGACCGCGUCGUGCCUCACGCUGGCGCGCAGGGAGGUGUACCUGUGACGCCCGAGCCCAUGCCCCCAAUUCCUCAGGUGACCAGCCGCUCACCUGGGCCUAACGAACUUCAGCUGAAUUUCAGGACCACCUAAAGCAGUGGUCACCAACCCUGGAUCUGGCAGGGUCUGGCCCGUCUCACCUGCCGCCUUGUUCAGCUAAAAUUAAACAAUUGCACCAUUUUCCACGGUGAUCUCUAACUAUCGAUUGAUAAUCGAGUAAUAAUUCAGGGAGGUGCAGGACUGCCUGCACUGUAAACUAUAUCUCAGCAAGUGAAAGCAAGGUAUUAAAAGGGUUCUGUAUCGAACUAAAGCCACUCAAAAAAUAAUCCUGUAAAAAGCACUAAUAUUGCUAUUGCUACAAGUCAAACAACCCCAGUUUAAUCCAGAACCUGUAAGUGUAGAGUAUAUACAGUACCAGUCAAAAGUUUAAAUAGUGAGUUUUCAUUAUUUUAAAUUAAAUAGGCACCUCUUGCUUAGAAAGAGACAGCAUUGAACAUCUUCCCUGGAUUUUCUCAGUCAGCAUUAUGAUAUAGAUUCACUUGGAAUGAUCAGCGAAUUACACUGAAUAGCCUUGUUUGAGUAAUGAGCAAAUUAAUUAAUAAUAAUUAAGAACUACAUGACUACAUAAAGACAAAUGAAAAAAAUUAGAAAUGAGGGUCAGACAAUACAAAAAUUUCAAGAACUUUGAAAGUAUCCUCAGGUAAAGUCGCAAAGACCAUUUAAAAAAAUAAAUAAAUAAAAUGAUAUGAUGGAACUGGCACUCAUCAGGACCGCACCAGAAAAGGAAGAGCCAGGCAGAGAUACCUCUUAUUGCACAGGAGUCCACAAAACUGCUUCACUUUUAAGUUACUACAUGAUCCCUUAUGUGUUCCAUCAUAGUCUGGUAGACUUCAGUAUUCAUUUACAGUGUUGGAAAAAAAUGAAAAGAAAAAAUAAAAUAAAAUAAAUAAUAAUUUUGAAUGAGGUGUCAAAAGUGUGUCCAAACUUUUGACUGGUACUGUAUAUUCUGUACACUAUUCUGCAAAUUACAUUAGAGUUUUAUGAUGAAUGGACCAAUAGAAACACUGCAAAAGUUGAAUUUGAAAUAAAAUCCUUUUACACUAACUUCCAUUUAAAAAGUAGUAAAGAGGGGCAUAUUUAUUCAUUUACCUCUAACCUCUAUUUAUUUUAUGUAUAUAAAUAUAUAAUCCUCUAUAUCCACUAUUUAUAUAAUUUAUAUAUGUAGCAAGUUUUUUUUUUCUUAAACCAUUCACCAAUAACUUUUUGAAAAGGGUUAAAUUUGCAAGUAUUUACAAGUAAAAAUGAAUGAAAUCAAUUGAAUGAAUUUUUAAAACAUUAAAAUAUUAGAUAUGUCACAAGAAUUAAAUUUUUAUGGGGUUGGUAUUACAAAUACAAUACAUCCAAUAGUAUAGUAGUGAUAUAACAAUGUGGGUUCAUAUAAACAGGCCCUCAGGAUCCUCAAAGGGGUUAAGAUGCUUUCACUUGCCAAGAUCAUCUCUUUGCACCACGGCGCCAAAAAAAUUUCAGACUCUUUCAGCCGAGCGCCAACAAGCAGCACUUCUGAAGACCCCGCCGGAUCAGGUGGGCCGGAUUAGAGUCAGAGCCAGAGUCGGUGACCACUGGAGACAAGCACACACCUGUUCAGAACAGCUGUGCCAAAAUCAGAACCCCUCAUCCUUUCAUUUCUCCGGACGCUAAACGAGGGUAAAAGUGGGAUUCAGGAAGGAAUCGUGGAGGAGAAUCGUGGAGGAGCCUUCAUCUCUUAAAUACGUGCAUGUUUGACCUCCUGCAGACAGGUGGCGCUGUGGGAGAGGAGAAGAAGGAGAAGAUCUUCACGUUGUAAAGUUUUUUGGGUUUUUUUGUUUGUUUUAUUUUGAUUUUUUUUAUGACAGGACCGAAUCCAGCCAAUCAGACGGCUGUAAAAAUGUGACACGAGCAAAGGUGCAACCAAUCGUUUUGAAGGUUUGAAGUUAAAAAAAAGAAAAAAAACUUUGCGAACUGUUUAGCGGCUAACCAAUCAUCACUUAACGUAUUCGAAUAUAAACGUUCAAAGUUGAAGUUUCUUAGAGGAACGGAUCAGUAGUGACAAAAGAAGAAAAAAAAAAAAAACGCGAGAAACGUUUUAUUUUUUCGUCCAUUUUUUCUCUCCUUUUCUUUCUCUCGCGGAAAUCUGUUGUAGCUAACAGGCUAACUGACUCCGAAGCGGUUCUGCACUAACGGAGGUCCCACAAGAGGGCGCUAAAAAUCAUUGACUGUUACAGUUUUACUACGAAGGGAAACCUCAGAGACUGUUGGGCUACAGUGUGAGGCGCUUUCGCAGUUUCUUCAUCAGCCACGUUUUUUCUUCUCGCGCGCUUCGAGUGAAAGCACACACUCGUGCACAAACAGCACUCUCUCAGACUUUCGCAUCUUCUGCUGCAUAUUAGCCUUUGUAAAAGAAAUUAGCCGUAGCAUCUUUGCCUGCUUAAUAACUUCAGCUAGCGCGCGAGAGCGCUGGAGCAUAAUCGAGUAACUAAUCAUCUGUUUAAGUGCAUCAUACUUCAGAGCAAUGACUGUAGCAAACAUGGACGGUGCGGUUCCAAUUUCCUUACGUUUUAUAGAAAUAAAGCCAAAAAAGUGUCCGCCAUAUUGUAUACAUUUCCAAGCAGAGUUUACACAGUAUGGUACACACAGUAGAGAAUUACUAGUAUAUUUGGUAGACCCACCCCUUCUACCUGACCAAGUGUGUCUCAGACUGCAUUCAUUGAGCUUAUUUUCUGAACUUACUUUUUACUUUUAAACUGACUUUUCUUACUACAUUGGAAACUCCUUCUAAUACAACUAAAAAUCCACCCAGAACAAUCGAAACCCUUCUUAGUACAAAGGAAACUCCUCCCAAUACAAUCAAAGCCCUCCCUAAAACAUCGGAAACUCCUCCCAAUACAAAUUAACCCCCACCCCCUGUACAAUCAAAACCCUUCUUGGAACAAAGGAAACUCUGCCAAAUACAGCUAAAACCCCACCCAAUACAAUCGAAAUCCUGCUUAGUACAAAGAAAACUCCUCCCACUGCAACUAAAACCCCACCCAGUACAAACAAAACCCUUCCUAGAACAAAUUAAACUCCUCCCAAUACAACUAAAACCCUACCUAGAACAAGUAAAACUCCUCCCAAUAAAGCUAAAACCCCACGCAGUACAAUCAAAACCCUUUCUUCUACAUCAGAAACUCCUCCCACUGCAAAUAAAACCCCACCCAGUACAAACAAAACCCAUGCUAGUACAAAUUAAACGCCUCCCAAUACAACUAAAACCCCACCCAAUACCAUCGAAACCCUAUCUAGUACAUUGGAAACUCAAUUCCAAAGUGUUACCCCACCUUGGAAUCAUGUCAGUAUUAGCACAGAGAAAAGUUUAAAGAACUGUUUAACUGUUGGAAGUUUAGAAAAGAAAAAUGAGAUGGAUGUGGGGGAUUCUUGGAUCUACACGUCAUACUGCAACCAGCCAGCAGAGGCGCUGGUCCUGCUGCAGUGGCUUCGUGUCCGAGAGGUGCUGCGCUGUCCGUGUUUCCUACAGUCGUUGCUUCAGGGCAUUAAACCACGUCCGAGCUACUUCUAUACUCUCCAGUAAGCGAGUAAUGUAUCGUGGUUUUUAUGUAGAGACCGUAGGUAAACCAAAUUUCUGUAAAGACGACACUGCAUGACUUAAGCUAAUGCUAACGUUUUUGAUAAAAAUAGAAAACUUCUCUCUUUUUUUUCCUGGGGAUGGAAUCUCGUAAAAAAAAAGUGUGUGUGUGGAACGUGAGAGUGUGUGUGUGUGUGUGAGUGUGUGUGUGUGGAACAGAGUCCCAAAUGAAGCUGGAACUUUUCCAAAAAGGAGAGAAAUCCACUGAAGCGAUGCAGGUUUAAUACGAUUAGCCGAUCUCAUGAGCCUUUCUGUACCAGUCCUGCUGUAAACCUGUACUGUGUGUGUGUGUGUGUGUGUGUGUGCGCGUGUGCGCAUGUGUGUUUGUGUGGAAGGUCGAGCUGUGUUAAAGUCCUCUGUGGAUCCUGGUGUCAGACGAGGCCGAACGCUUCAGUGUUGUUGAGGCUCACUGGUGUUGCUAUCCUGUUGCAUUGUGGGAAAUGUAGUUUCAGCACCUUCACAAGAAAAAAAAAUGCUCAAACUCGCAUCUCAUUGACACUCAGGUAACCUGAGAUGCAGCAAUGUUCAUGUCUCUCAGUCUCUCUCUCAGUCUCUCUCUCUCUUUCUCUCGUUCUUAUCUUUUGUCUCAUUCUGUCUCACUCUUUCUUUCUUUCUUUAUCUAAUUCUCGCUCUUGUUCUCCCUUUUUCUCUUUGUUUGACUUCCUAAUUGUCUCUUUCUACCCUUCUCUUCAUCCUUUUCUGUCCCUCCUUCCUUUUGUCUCAUGUUCGCUCUUUUUAUCUCCUUCAUCUCCUUUACUAUCUUCUUUUUCACUCAUUCACUCUUAUUCCUUUUCUCUCUCUCCUUUUGUCUCAUUCUCACUGUCUCACUUCAUCUCCUUUGAUUAAUUGCAUUUCUUGCACACUUUCAUUCUCUUGCUUAUUGUUUAUCUCAUUCUCUCUCUUUUUUCUCUUUAUUUGACUUCCUAGUUGUCACACUCCUCUCAUUCCUUUUCUCUCGUUCUGUCUCUCCUUUUGUCUCAUUUUCUCUUAAUUUAUCUUCUUUCUCUCACUCAUUUUUGCUUUUUCCUGUAUCUCUUUCCUUUAUCUAAUUUUUUAUCUAAUCUCCUUUACUGUAUGACUCUUACUCUCUUUCAUUCCUGAUUUGAUUCCUGUCUCUCUGUCUCUUUGUCUCUCUCUCUUGUCUCAUAGUUUGAGGUGUCUCUCUCUUUCCUAUUGUGUUCUCAAUCAGGAUCAUCUCCCCCUUCGUCUUGUGGACGUUUAAACUGUGUGUUAUAUAAGUGUGUGUGUGUAUGUAUGUGUGUUUGUGUGUGUGUGUGUGUGUGUGUGUGUCGCUGGUCCUCUGUGGUGUAAAUCAUCUCUCCUGUCUGAACACGGAGCUGCCUUUGGUCCUUUUCGGACCGGUGGACUCCAGUCCAUCUAUGCCAAAAUCUCACCAGGUUCUCCAGCUGGCAAACACAAACUGACCUCGAGCUCCGGGUACCCGCCGUGCCCGGACGCGAGGCGGAACGAGGGACAGGACUUCCAGGGUUUCUAAAUCCAGGAGCCGGUGGAACGUUCGAGGGAGCCGGUCCUUCUGGAACCUAAAGGAACACUGCGGCGGCGGCAACGGUUCCGUCGCCAGAGGCUAAAUCUUAGGCUAAAUCUGCUGUUCUAGAGCAGUGUGUAAUUAUUCCUGUACAGUUUGCGGGUGGGGUUUGGGGGAGGGGUGGGGCGGGCAGGGUUUGUUUGGGGGAGGCUGGGGUGGGCGGGGCUGAACGCAGACCCUGUACAUUGAACUGCGUCUUUUCCUUUUUUCUACUGCACGUUUACCUACAAUCCUUUUACUCACUCACUGCUGGCCAAUGGCAAUGGGGUGCCAUAACAUAGUGACUGAACCAUAACCCUCAUCCCACAGCUUUUUUUAAUCUAUCUAGAGCAACAAACACUGGAUCCACCUACCCGCUCCCCAUCCUCCAUGCUACUACUACUACCACUACCUUGUAGAGAGACGAUGAUGAACUGUAACCCCGAUCGGCAUGCUAAUGGUGUUUAAUCCUGCACUUAACGAGGAAACCGAACCGGCAUUGGUGACUUCUUCUUAAUUCUUCUUUUGGUUUCUGUUUGGCGCGAGCGGCGGACGGCCUUCCCUGCUCGCUCCGAUCCGAUUAAUUGACUCAAUCGAUUAGCGUUUAACAGCAGCGAAGGCUUGGGAACGGUUUGAAAGGGUUUGGUAUGUUACCUGUAAAAGUUUGACUUUGACAUUAAAACUGCUUCAAACCUC